GCCAACAACUUUUGACUCAUAGCCCUACUGGAAGAUUGGAAAUCAGAGUGCCAAGAAGAAUAUGCCAAUAUUCCUCUUUUAAUUCGCUUCUUCAACUCUCGAGUCUUCUUGAUUCAUACCCACAUCAGUUCUCCUCGUUCAAUCAACGUUUCUUCAGCUGUCCUUCUAGUGACCUUUAUCGUUGUUGGCAAUCAGUCAAGUGGUUGACUGAUUGCCAAUUGACUUAUGGGUCAAGCGAAUCAAGUGAGCACAAGAAGAUCCCUAGAGCAUGUACAUGGAGUCCAGGUGAUUCAACAUUCACCAUUUGAGUUAGAAGAAAUCUCUCAAAAUGGGAACUUUCCGCAGUCAACUUAUGGAAGGUUGACCAUAGGAGUUAAUCAACUCUUAAGAGUCCAUACCGUGCAGAGAGUAUGGCAGCAGAGACCAUCGUGUUUGAGACCCAUCCAUGGUUGUAUGCACGGCGAUAGACAUCUUGGUGAGAGAAUCGCAAACGUACUUACUUCAAUUCCGUUUAUUGCCGUUGGUAUCCAAGCUCCAAGAAAGAAUUUGAAUUCUAAGCUUUACGCCAAUUCAUUAAUCGGAGUGGGAAUUGCUUCAAGUAUGUACCAUUCUUCUAAAGGGAGGUGGCGAAAGUAUUUAAGAUGGGCCGACUACACAAUGAUCGCUACGGCUACAGUGUGCUUAUCGAGGGCUCUUAGGGAUGAAAACCCGAAACUUCUAAUGGCUGCAUCCGCCUUGUGUCUUCCUAUUCAACCACUCAUGGUUUCCGCUGUUCAUACUGGGAUGAUGGAGGUUGCGUUUGCAAGAAGAGCGGUUGAAAACCCCGAGCUUAAACUAGUGCAUAAUGUUCACAAAAUGUCGGCGCUUUUAGGCGGUGCGUUUUUCGUGGCUGAUGAUUUGUUUCCUGAAAUACCAUAUCUUCAUGCUGGUUGGCAUCUAGCUGCUGCUAUAGGUGUCGGUGCUUGUAACAAGCUUCUUGAGUAGCAGCGUAAUCCUAAUUUGUCGAAAUGGCCCGUUUUCAAUUUAUUAUUUUUAGAGGUUUUUAAAACUUAUCGGUGCAUCAUUGAACCCAUCAUGAAGUAAAGACCAUAGACACGUCCGUUUUGUUGAUUUUUUUUAUUGUCGUUUCGUUACGUAUGUAAGCGUAGGUUUGUGGGUGUAAUUAUGUUAUUAAAUGCCAAUGUAAUAGAAUUGGAUCAUUUUUGAGCCACGCUACCGUGUCAGCAUAGUGUGACUCGCUAAGUUUGCUUGUUGCUUUUGAAGACUUGAGUGAUAUGAAUAGCA